AUGAUACAAUAGAGCCUAUAAUCAAAGAUGGCGGCCUUAAUUCGAAAUCGAAUUAUUGUGUUGGCAAGACCAUCAACGAUGUCUGUAAAUUGCAUUCGAUAUUGGAGUACUUUACUAACGCUUCAUGCUGGACAAAAAAUGAGAUUGAGCCGAGGCCAGGCACGCGAUGGAAUAGCUUAUGGACCUCUCACUGACCUACCAGACUGGAGUUUUGCAGAUGGGACACCUGCACCAGAAACAAAAAAGAGGCGAAUAAGACGUUUGAAAAGAAUGGAUGUGGCUCAUCAAAUCGUAACAUAUUUGAAUGAGGUGGAGAAAGCGGGUGAAGCAAGGGAUGAAGAUGGAAAUGUUUUGGAUCCGACCAAACUGCCAAAGAAAUAACAAGAGAUGUGUUGAGGAGAGAAUUCUCAAUUCUGUGACACAGACAUAACCAUGCAGCAGCUGCAGUCCCAAAGAAAGAGCAGCCAUUUAGGAAAAACAGCUCGUCCUUCUGUAGUAAAAGUAUUCCUUUUUUUUUUUAAUGCAGAGCAUAUGCUUUCACUCCCAGGAUCUCAUUAGCAAUUCUCCUUACUGUCUG